CGAAGUGGCCAAAACAUUUGGGCGAUGUGGAUUUGGGAGAUUUGAACAGUGAGGAAAGAAAAGCUGCGACGCAGCUGCUUAUCGAAGAGGCUGAUGCAUUUGCCAUAGAUAAUGAUAUCCGGUGCAUCAAAGAGCUUCAAAUGGAUAUCAAACUCAGCGAUAGCGCACCUGUUCAGAAGAACUAUGUCGCUGUGCCCCGACCACUAUAUCCAGAG